AUGAAAUAAAAUUCAUAAUUUUAAUAGAAAUAGGAUUUACAAUAUAUAGAUCAUCCUGAUACGCCUGCUCUUUUCUGGUGUAAAUCAAAUGAUUGCGAUGAGAAUAGAAUUUUCUGUCUAAGUUGUCAAAAGUAGAAUAAACAUAACCAACAUUAUAAUGAAGAUGUUCUUUGUAUUCAUGAAUUAAAUUAAUUUUUAAUUGAUUAAUCAAAACAACAUGAAAAUCUUAUUUCAGAAUGUCAACUUUAAUAAAAAUAAACAAUUAAAUCAUUAGAUAAACUCAUUUAUGGUUUAUCAUACAAAUUCUGUGGAAUAGAAGAUAAAAUUAAUUAAUUUAAAAAUUAUUAAACAUAAUAAGCUCUUGAUUCUUUUAUUAAAACUUGA